AUGAAGGUUUUUUCCCAUGUACAUAAGUACGAAUUUUCCUGGGAAAUGGUUUCACAAGCUCUUUGGCUCAAGUACCCAAAUCCUCUGGCAACACAUGUAUUGGCAUCCGAUAUUUUGAGCAGGACCAUCGAUUCGGAUGGCAUCCUCCAUACGGUGCGUCUCCUUUUAAAAACAUCCUCAGUUCCUUCAUGGGGCAAAUCGUUGAUAAACGCGCCAGAGGCGCUUAUUGUAGAAAGAUCUUCCAUUGAUCCAGUAAAUAGGAUCAUGACCGUCCAAACUGGAAAUAUUUCCUAUGCAGGGCUGAUAAGAGUCGUUGAAGAUCAAACUUAUCAAUGCGAUCCAGAUAAUCUGCACUGGUAUGCAGUUUUUUCUUUUUUUAGGACAAUUGUAAAAACAAACGCCACGUUUACCUCGAAGAUUAGAUGGGGUCUCAGACAGACGCUCGAGUCGUUUUCCUACUCCAGGUUCAAGGAAAACCUUUUAAAGUCCACUCAGGGCAUUCAGCUCAUUUUGGAAAAGUUCUUUGCACCCAGGACACAGCCAAGCACAUAA